AUGGAUUUAUUACGCGCACCAUACGGAGUAUUAAAAUUCGGGGCAGAAUAUACUACAGAACACACAACAUACAUAACAAAAGAUGGAAAGGUAAUUUCACCAUUUCAUGACAUUCCUGCAACAGAAGAUGGAUUUAAGUUAGUGAAUGUGGUGAAUGAAAUUCCAAGGUUUACCAAUGCAAAGAAAGAAAUUAACAAAGAGCUUGAGUACAAUCCUAUAAAGCAGGAUGUAAAGAAUGGAAAUGUAAGAUUUGUUAAGAAUAUGUAUCCAAUGAAAGGGUACAUAUGGAACUAUGGAGCAAUUCCGCAGACAUGGGAAAGUACAGAAGUGGCAGACACUAGAACAGGAAUCAAAGGAGACAACGAUCCAAUUGAUGCUAUUGAGAUAGGAGAUAGUAUUAUUCCAUCGGGAGAAGUAUAUAAAGCCAAAGUACUUGGUGCAAUUGCCAUGAUUGAUGGAGGAGAGUGUGACUGGAAGAUUCUUGUUCUGAACACCGAAGAUGAGAUGUUUGACAAAAUACAUUCAUUAGAGGACAUUGAGAAGUACAAGCCAGGGCUAUUAGAAGCAACCAGGGAGUGGUUUAGAAACUACAAAAUAGCAGAUAAGCCAGAUAACUCUGGGAGCAAAAAUGAAUUUGCCAAUGAUGAGAAGUACUACACAGCAAAAGAAGCAGUGGAAAUAAUCAAAGAAACAAAUGAGCACUGGAAUACAUUAAUUAAAGAGAAAUCGCACACUGGCAUAUCUCUAAUUAAUUCUACCUUGGCAGACUCACUCAACUAUCAGCCCAAUGAGUUCACGCCUUCUGGCCAGCCACAUAAGGACGCAGAUGCACCAGCAGAGACCAGCAAGUUCUAUUAUAUAAAAUGA